GACUCUUCAUGUAAACCCAAAGGUGCCCUUCAUCACUCGUGCUGUUCAAUUUGGCUCCGAGCCUCUCUUUGACUAACGUGCUGGGUCCGAAUACUCUUAUGCAUGAGAUCUUGGCAGCCAAGGCCCAUCUAUCAAGUGUAGGCAUUCCAGUGAUGAUUUCAGAAAUGGUGUAUUGAUAUCAGGUAAGAAAAAUUGUGUGAACAGUCUGCAUGCUGAUAGGAUGCACUUGGGAAUGUGGAGGUGCUCAGCACGUUUUGGACACUAUAGAUGUCAUCAAUGCAGACAUGUUGCCAUUCUUCUCACAGCAGGCUUCAACUGCCAACAAUGCAUGACUGAUUGUUCUCAGCGAUUUGAACUGACAGAGCCAUUCUUCUCAUCCCUCAUGGAUUUAUACUCAUCACUAUCUCUGCCUAGGUUCAUCGACCAUAGUCAAGGAAAUAAGAUAUACCUGAAAUGGAUGGCUGUCUGUUACCUAUCCAGGUGUGCAGCCCAAUGGUCCGUAUGCGGUAGCGGACAUACAGAAUGCAUAUGAUUACUACAUGUUGCCUGACUUGCAAUGUGAAUACUCCAAGACCAUAGCAGGUGGA